CUACAGUGUCUGACUCAGGCAGGUCGCAAAAUUCUCUAGGGCUGAGCACUACCUGUCCCAACACCUUAAACUGCCCUGUGUUGAAACAAUCCCUUGGCCUUGCCAACUUGUGCCUCCUGUCUCAUUAGUUCUGGGCCUUAUCUGCGAUGUCUCAACGAAAGUUGUCCUCAGGAGUGGCAGUGUCUGCUCAAGCUGCUUGCCUACCUGAACAAGUAGCUUUGAGGCCCCCACGAAGGAACCCCAGCUACCUCUCUGGUCUUUAUCAGAACAUGUUGCAGGAAGAAGCCCAGCGUGAGGGGCAGAAAAGGUACCCGCCAGUACACAGCAGCAUCAGCCUUCUGAAUAUUUCAGCCAGUGAAAAGCUUCAAGAGAGACAUCUGCAGACUCCUGUGGUUGCAAGCUGUGACCCACACCUAAGGCCCAUCAUGCGUCGCCGGGCCAGGUCUUUACCCAGCUCUCCGGAAAGGAGGAGGAGCAUGACUGCACCCUGCCGUGUUCCUGGGUGCAGCACUGGCAGAAACCGAGUGAGGUUUGCAGAUGCACUAGGCUUGGAGCUGGCUGAAGUGAAAGUUUUCCAAGCUGGGGAAGAUCCAUCCAUCCCUCUACACGUUCUCUCUCGCCUGUCCAUCAAUUCUGAUCUUUGCUGCAGCAGGCUGGACCUGGAGUUCACCAUGCAGUGCCUCGUGCCUGAUUUCCAGCAGCCUGUCGACUGCGAGGGAUUCUUCAACCAUCUUCAGCAGCAGAAAGUGUGCCUCGAACGAGUGACCAGCUCAUAUUUGGGUCUGAAUGGCACCAUCAGAGUCAUCAAUGUUGCCUUUGAAAAGCAGGUGGCUGUGCGCUAUACCUUUAACCACUGGAGGAGCCAGCAUGAAGUUGCUGCUCGUUGGCAUAGCAGUCUUCCUGGCAAGGAUGGGCAGGACCAAGUGGAUGUCUUCACCUUUUUCCUCCCUCUGCCCCCUUUCCUCCUCCAGCUCAGUUCUGUGGUUGAGUUUGCAGUGUUCUUCCGAGUCAGUGGGCAGGAGUAUUGGGAUAAUAACCAAGGCAAAAACUAUAGCCUCACUUGUAGAAAUCACCCACUUAAAAUGCCCAGGGAAUGUGAAGAGAGCUGGAUCCACUUCAUUUAAGUAAAAGGAGGAAUACAGAAGAGCUUACAGCCUUCUCAC